AUUAGUUUAGAAAGAAUUAUCAUUUCCCCAUUUAAAAUGCUAGUUUGUCCUCUGUUCUCUUUUGAUCUCAAUGAAUCUAACAUCCUCUAUUACAACACAAGCAAUUAAAUAAAUGAGUCUUACAAAUUUAAAUCGAAAAUUAGCUUCUGUCUUGAUAGGAAUCAAGGAUAAAGAGGUACGAGCCUAUAGAACAGAUCCUCCUGUUUAAGUAACGUCGUAAAUGAGUUUGUGUACACUUAAGAAUGUUAUGUUCUUAAUUUUGAUGAGAGGAACUUAUUUCAGGAUUGAUUGUGGUCUUAGGUAAGGAACUUAUUGGAACGUUAGCACGAACUGCAAAUCAUUUGCAAGAGAAGAAUAGACACACACACGAGCCCGUAAAUUGCUAUGGCAACUCACCUUAUCAAAAGAAUAACAUCUAACGGACCUCGUUUAGUUAUUUCUAUUCGCCUCAAGACAACGUCCUCCCAAUAUGUAGCGUCUAGAGUUCGAGAUGCCACCUUUGAAAAGUUCAUGGACAAUUACAAAAACCUCUUAAAAGUCAUAUCAAUUCAAGACCUUAUCCUUGCAAAUCCUAACAACCCGCCAACUGUUUCAGUUGAUUUCCUUAACCGCCUUUCUCAAAAAUUCCAUCUCAACCGUGGUGCCACUGCAUUCCUACGAAGGUACCCCCGCAUAUUUGAUAUCUAUUAUGAUCCGAAUCUGUCUCAACCCUUCUGUAAACUAACUCCAGCCGCAAUGCAAAUUGCGCGUGAAGAAUCUGCUGCUAUUGACAACACUCACUCACUUGUCAUUGACCGUUUGACUCGUCUUCUUUCCAUGUCAUUAUCCAAAACACUUCCACUUCGAGCAAUUUUCAAGGUGUGGAGGGAACUUGGGCUUCCUGAUGACUUUGAGGAUUCAAUAAUAUCCAAAAACCGUCACCUUUUUCAAAUUGUUGAUGCCCAUGAACCUGGUACUCACUUGAUCAAGUUUGUUGGUACACCGCCAAGUCAUAACAGUUUGACAUCUGCUGUUGAAAAUUGGAGGGUUAUGGAGUGUUGUAAAGAUGACUGCAGCAUUGAUAGAACGGAAAUGAGGUAUAGUUUUAAACAUACAUAUCCUCCAUGUAUGAAAUUGAAGAAGAACUUUAGGGCUAAAGUCAAAGAAUGGCAGAAGCUGCCAUACGUCGGGCCAUAUGAGGAAUUUACAGGUGCAAAAAAGAAAUCUAAACUGGGACUUUUGGAAAUUGAGAAACAUGCAGUAGCAAUCGUUCACGAAUUCUUGAGUUUGACUGUGGAAAAGACGGUGGAAGUGGAGAAAAUUAGUCAUUUUAGGAAAUGGUUUGGGGUUGAGUUAAAUGUGAGGGAUUUGUUCUUGGAUCACCCUGGAAUGUUUUAUUUGUCAACCAAAGGGAAGAGGCACACUGUAUUCCUUAGGGAAGCCUAUGAACGAGGGCGUUUAAUUGAUUCAAAUCCUGUUUAUGAUGUGAGGAGGAAGCUUCUCGAUCUUGUCGUAUUGGGGCGACGUGGUUUGCGUUCAGAUGAUCACAAGUUGAGCUCGAGUGAGAGUGAAGAGGAUGAGCCACAAGAGAUGGAGAAUGAGUGAGAUUGGAUUGCUAAUGUCAAGCUAUUGAGAUCAGAAUGGCUACAAUAGGACUAUGCUUUCACAAGCCGCCAGUAUACUAGUAAAGUUCGAUUUGUUCCUCAAUUGAUGACUUUGCUUUAAUUUUGUUCCUCAAUCGAUGAAUUGCUAAAUUUUUUUCUUCUAUUUAAUCAUCAUACGUUUAAAUCUUGCUCUUUUUAACCAUCAUGUAACGCAAAAUCUGAACUGGCCAUCAAAAUCUUAUUCACUUGUAUAGUUUGUAUAUGACAUGACAUAUUUUAAGUUGCUAUUUAGUUUGUAAA